AUGGCUCCCAAUGAUGGCCCCUCGCGCAUGCAUGGCCUCCAUGGCAAGAAGCUUGUAUACUUCACCUCCGUCUUUGUCUCGCUAGGUGUUUUCCUGUUCGGUUAUGACCAAGGUGUCAUGAGCGGUAUCAUCACCGGCAACUACUUUAAAAACUACUUCAACCAACCUACAAGAGCAGAGAUUGGUACAAUGGUUGCUAUCCUCGAGGUUGGAGCUUUCGUAUCUUCCUUGGGUGUGGGACGUAUUGGUGAUAUCCUCGGUCGUCGCCUCACCAUCCUUUACGGAGCCGUCAUUUUCGUCAUUGGCGGUGCUUUCCAGGCCUUCGCUACUGGUAUGCCCAUGAUGAUCCUCGGGCGUAUCCUUGCUGGUCUGGGUGUUGGUGCUCUUUCGACCAUUGUGCCUGUUUACCAGUCGGAGAUUUCUCCACCGCACAAUCGCGGAAAGCUGGCUUGUAUCGAAUUCACCGGUAACAUUGUUGGCUAUGCCUCGAGUGUCUGGGUUGACUACUUCUGCUCCUUUAUUCCUAGCGACUGGAGUUGGAGACUUCCUCUCUUCAUGCAGUGUGUUAUGGGCUCUUUACUGAUUGUAGGCUCUUUCUUGAUCUGCGAAUCCCCCAGAUGGCUCCUCGACAACGACCACGACGAAGAAGGCAUUGUCGUGAUUGCCAACCUCUACGGCAAGGGUGACAUCCACAACCCAAAGGCGCGUGACGAAUACCGCGAGAUCAAGAUGAAUGUGCUGCUACAGCGUCAGGAAGGCGAGCGCAGCUACAAGGACAUGUUCAAGCGCUACUACAAGCGUGUCUUUAUCGCCAUGUCUGCCCAAGCUCUUGCACAACUCAACGGCAUCAACGUCAUUUCAUACUACGCUCCCCUGGUCUUUGAGCAAGCUGGAUGGGUUGGCCGUGAUGCUAUUCUCAUGACUGGUAUCAACGGAAUCACCUACCUGCUUUCCACUAUACCACCAUGGUACCUUGUAGAUCGUCUUGGUCGCCGCCCCAUCCUCAUGUGGGGUGCUGCCGCCAUGAUCGUCUCACUCUCGGCAAUCUCGUACUUCAUGUACAUCGACAUCCACCUGACACCGCGCAUGGUUGUUAUUUUCGUCAUGCUUUACAAUGCUGCCUUUGGUGCUUCAUGGGGACCUAUUCCCUGGCUCUACCCUCCAGAGAUUCUUCCUCUCAGCAUCCGUGCCAAGGGUGCCUCGCUGUCUACUGCAUCCAACUGGGCGUUCAACUGGCUGGUCGGUGAACUCACUCCAGUGCUCCAAGAACUUAUCCAGUGGCGUCUGUACCUUGUACAUGCUUUCUUCUGUGCAGUAUCACUUGUUGUAGUGUUCUUCUGCUUCCCUGAGACUGCAAAUGUUCGAUUGGAAGAUAUGAACAGCAUUUUCGGAGAUGCUUCGACAAUCGCCCCAUCACCUGCGACACUCGCCGAAGCUGAGAGCUUGUUCAGCAGAAGUCCAGCACCUUCGUUACAUCUCGACCGCGAUGUCGAUGCGCCUCAAGACUCGAACAUUCCUGAUCUCGACAUUGACCCUCCUUCCGUCGACGUGCAAAAUGGCAAGCCCAUGUACAGCAAGGACGGCGACUCUGAAGGUCUAGGCGGCUGGAUCUCGAAUCUAGUCAAGAAGGGCAAGGGAGAUGGAGAAUCAUCUCAUGCUGGAGGUAGUGGAAAAUAUAGACGGGUCGGACAAGAUGAUGUUUGA